AAUCCAACUCAGCAAGUCCAAAUCACAAAAGCCACGAGCACACCACAAGCCGGGUGGCAAUCCCGCAACUCCACCCUUUUCACCUUCAAACAAAAGGCGACGUCUUUCCUCCCUAAAUCCUCUACUAAAUCUAGCUUCCCAAAUCUCCUGCAAAAAUCCUAACUUUGAUUCAUCUACUACUUGUUACCUCAUCAAACAACUCAAAAUUUUCGUAUUUCUACUCAAUUUCAGUCAAUAUUUACUCAAUUUCAAUCAGAAUUUGCCCAAUUUUUCAAUCCAUUAGAAGAUGAUGGAAUCAACAGCUGAAUUCAACGACGACGAUAAAUCUUCAGAAUCCAAUCAACUUCUACCCCAAAACCCCAGAAAACCAAUCGAAUUAUUCGAAGAAGUAGGAGAAGAAGAUUCAGAAGUUGCGUACGAAACCAGCGACAAGAUAAGCAUAGAAGAUUUCGAUGUCGAAUCGUUAAAUGAUUAUUCAACACCGGGGCCCUUUUCAUGGAAGAAACUAUGGAGAUUUACAGGGCCAGGGUUUUUGAUGAGUAUUGCGUUUUUAGAUCCGGGUAAUUUAGAAGGGGAUCUACAAGCAGGCGCCAUUGCUGGGUAUUCAUUAUUAUGGUUAUUGCUUUGGGCUACUGUAAUGGGGCUUUUGAUUCAGCUUCUUUCGGCUCGAGUAGGGGUUGCUACUGGUAAACAUUUGGCUGAGCUUUGUAGGGAGGAAUACCCAAAUUGGGCGCGGUACUUGCUGUGGAUCAUGGCGGAAAUCGCCCUCAUUGGGGCUGAUAUUCAGGAGGUUAUUGGGAGUGCCAUUGCUAUACAAAUACUUAGCCGUGGGGUUUUGCCCCUUUGGGCUGGUGUCAUUAUCACUGCCUCUGAUUGUUUCAUGUUUUUAUUUCUUGAGAACUACGGAGUGAGGAAACUAGAAGCUGUUUUCGCAGUUCUUAUUGGGACAAUGGCUCUGUCAUUUGCUUGGAUGUUCGCUGAUGCAAAGCCUAGUGGAAAGGAACUUCUCAUAGGUGUCUUAGUACCAAAACUUAGCUCAAAAACUAUCAGGCAAGCUGUUGGAGUUGUUGGUUGUGUCAUAAUGCCCCACAAUGUUUUCUUGCAUUCCGCUUUGGUGCAAUCAAGGAAGAUAGAUCCCAAGAAGAAGGGGCAGGUUCAGGAGGCCCUUAAUUAUUAUUCAAUUGAGUCCACAAUAGCCCUUCUGGUGUCUUUCAUGAUCAAUUUGUUUUUGACUACUGUAUUUGCUAAGGGGUUUUACGGCACUAAACAAGCGAGUAGUAUUGGCUUGGUGAAUGCUGGACAAUACUUGGAGGAGAAGUAUGGAGGAGGUUUAUUGCCAAUUCUCUACAUAUGGGGCAUUGGGUUAUUGUCUGCUGGGCAGAGUAGCACCAUAACUGGCACCUAUGCAGGGCAGUUCAUUAUGGGAGGUUUUCUUGACCUUCGUCUAAAGAAAUGGCUAAGGGCGUUAAUCACACGAAGUUUUGCUAUUGUCCCAACGAUGAUUAUAGCUAUUGUUUUUAAUACUUCUGAAGCUACAUUGGAUGUCUUGAACGAAUGGCUUAAUGUGCUCCAAUCUAUACAAAUCCCCUUUGCUCUUAUCCCACUUCUUACCUUGGUGGCAAAAGAGGAGGUGAUGGCUUCAUUCAAAGUGGGACCCAUUCUUCAGAGAAUAUCAUGGACUGUUGCUGCGCUUGUAAUUGUCAUUAAUGGUUACCUCCUGCUUGAUUUCGUCAUGUCUGAAGUAAAUGGACUGCUGUUUGGAUCUAUAGUCUGUGUAGCAACUACUGCAUAUGUCACAUUUGUUGUUUACCUUGUUACUCGUGAUGGUGCCCUUUCUUCAACGUGGUCUACUUUGAUAUCGGGGAAAAACUCCAUCUGUGCUGGUAAUUAACCAGAAAGAGUCCUUGUCAGUGGCAAGAUUUUCAAGAUAGAAAAGUCUGCAUAAUGCUCCUCAACUUACCGAAAUGAAUGGGGUUGUUAAUCCGCUAAUUUUGAUCGUUGUUGCGCUGAGCUGCCAUUUUUUUUUUCCUGAUCUUGACACGCUUGGGUUCUCGAGCAAAUGAGAACUUGAAGCACAAAGGAUAUUGUGCCGACGUGCCGUACAUAGAUGAUACACCUGACAUACAGAAUUACAAGAUUCUGCGAUUAUAUUUUUUUGAGUGAGAUGAAGAUGAGUCCUACUAUAGAAGUUCUGUUGUACCAUAUGCAUCCUGUUACUUUCUUGUAUGUAUAACAGAAUAAAGUUAUGAAAAAGCUGCUGCCUGUUCUUGUUAAUGUCACGUCAAGUAUGACAAACCAGUACUUUUUGGGACACUCUAUAUGACCUUGGUCAUUUUUCUCGAACAUAACUUUUAUGUUUUAUUUCUACUAGGUUUCUCGCGCGCUAUAGCGCAGAUGCCCGUCGAAUAAAAUAAUGAAUCUUAAUUUCUAAA